AUGCCGUGGCACGCCGCGGUAUAUAACGGCGCGGGGCGAAAAAGAAAGGAACGAGCCCGCCCCAGCAAGCCACGCCCGCAGCCCCCCACGCCUCUCCCGAUGCUGCCCCCUUCCACACGCCCCUCCUCCGACCCACGUGACCCGCGCGACCCACGUGACGCACACGACCUCUCACGUGACCUCCGCGACCUCGGCAACCGCCCACGGCUCGACUCGGUGGCCAGUUUUCUGGCCCUGGCGCUGCCCGCGGACGCGAGUGCGAGUGCGAAUGCGAGUGCGAGCGCCUCUGCCAACGCGAAUUCUGGUUCCGGGCCGGCCCCCGUGCUGGGUCCACCGCCGGCACGUGGCCUGUCCAUCAUCGACCCCCUGUGGUCUUCCAUCCCGGACGGCGUCGCCGGCCCCGCCGUUACCGGCGCAAGCACAAGCGCCAACGUCAACGCGCCCCGCCCUGCUCUGCGCCUGUCCAAGUCAUACUCCAACCCGGGGCUGGCCCCCGCGCCGACUCAGGACACUGGUCCGGAACUGGACUCACUAUUCCAAUACUUUAACCCCGCCGGUUCCGGCUCGGCGCUGGGGUCCAUCUCGGGCCCUGGUGCCGGUGCCGGCCCCUCUGUCUCGGCGUUCGGGUUCCUCGAUUCCCGCCACAAUUCGUUGAAGCUCCAGUCGGUCGAUGACCUCGAUCUGCAACAGCAGCUGCUGUCGAACAAGAAACGUGACUCCGUCAACUAUUACCUCAACUUACGUAACAACUCCAUAUUCAGCGACAUCACGCUGCCCAAUACGUCACCGGGAAUGUCCCUGUACAACAAGUCUGCCCGUUCCAAUGCCAAUUCGCAUACGGCUGCGACUGCGACUGCGACUGCGACUGCGACUGCGACUGCGGCUGCGGCUGCGACUGCUUCUCCACACCCUGCUGGGCCCUCUGGCGCCGCUGGUCCCUCUGCUUCUGCCGUUCCUGUCCCGGUUGCCGCUUCCGCCUCCGCCUCCGUUCCAGCUUCCGCUUCCGCCUCCGUUCCCGUUCCCGUCUCCGUUCCCGUCCCCGUCCCCGCCUCCGCUUCCGCCUCCACAUCCCACGAGGACCCUAGAAAACUCGUGGGCAACACCAAGAUCGACCAGUUGAUGCUGAUGAUCCAGGCCCGCAAGAAUGGCAUUACCGAAAAGGUGCAGACAGAUCUCAACGGGGAUUUACUGUUUUCCCAAAACACUUCUAUAAUCCCUCCGCCUACCCAACUUGUCGGGGGUAUCGAUAAGCCCCAUACAGCAGCCUCCGCAGCAGCCUCCGCCGCUGCCUCCGCCCCCUCCGCCUCCUCUGCUCAUACGUCAUCGUCCUCCCAAUCGUCUUCCACGGCUCAAGAUCAGGACUCCAAGAAUUUCUUGCUACUCUCUCCAACAUCCCAGGAGAAUUCUCCCAGACAAUCCAUCAAACAAGAAACGACAGCAGCCAACACCAUCACGUCACCCAUGGGCUCGCCCCUGCUCUCCACUUCGCCACAGACUCCCGUCAAUAACGAUCUUUCCCCAACAAGAUCAAGGACCAAGAAAAAGACUCACCAAUGUCCGUAUUGCCACCGUUUCUUUUCCCAGUCCACCCAUUUGGAAGUCCAUAUCCGAUCCCAUAUCGGGUACAAGCCAUACCAGUGUAAUUUCUGUGGCAAGAAAUUUACCCAAGGCGGUAAUUUGAAGACUCACCAGAGAUUGCAUACAGGGGAGAAACCGUACUCGUGCAAGAUCUGCAACAAGCGGUUUUCCAGAAAGGGCAAUCUCACGGCCCAUGUGCUGACCCACAAGAAAUUGAAGCCGUAUUUCUGUAAAUUGGAUAAUUGUAACAAGACGUUUACCCAAUUGGGGAACAUGAAGGCUCAUCAGAACAAAUUCCAUUACAACACGUUAAUAGAGCUGACAAACAAAUUGGCCAAUAUGAAUCCCAAUGAUAAUAUUCCACAAGAGGAAAAACUGAUUCUAGAUUAUUUCGCCUCGUUAUACAAGAAUUCCAACAAGGGAAUUAAAGGUAGAGGGAAGAAUAUACACUAUCACCCACUAACAGAUGAACAAUUGCAAAUGUUGAGACCAAACAAGAUGCAAAAGCAAAAUGUGGGUGGUCCGCCUAAUCUAAUAAAGCAAGAAGUAUAUGCGCAGAUGCAGCCGCAGUCGCAGCCGCAGUCGCACUUGCAACAGCAACCACAACAGCAAUCGCAACCACAACCACAACCACAACCACAACAGCAAGUCACGAAAAAUCAAUUCCCAAACUCAUUUCUACAGUACAACAACACAGCACCUCUGCAACCAAUGUUUCCAAAUUCAUAUACCACCAUAAAUACCCCUCCUUCUGCAUUCAAUAAUUUACGUACUUUAUCCCAACAGAAAUUACAAAAUAUUCCAAACUCAAGUUCAACCGUCAAUGCAACCGCAAAUGCAAAUGCUACUCAUAAUAACCAAAUUCAUUUCAAAAAUAUAGAUUAUAGGAAGUAA